AUGGUUGUUAAAGUGUACAUAAGUGGUAUUUCAGGCAACAAAGAAGUAAAAAAGCGACAACAGCGUGUUUUGAUGAUACUUGAUUCGAAAAAUAUUAAAUAUGAAAUAAUCGACAUAACGGAACCUGGGAAAGAAGAUGAUAAAGAUUUCAUGCAAAAUAAUUCAAAAUCAAACGGAGGGACUGUAAGCGAUCCCAACCCUCGCACUCCUUUACCUCCCCAAGUGUUUAACGACGAUGAGUAUUGUGGUGAUUAUGACCAGUUUGAUUUAGCCAAUGAGGUAGAUACAUUGGAACAAUUUUUGAAAGUAGAAGUGCCUGCAGAAGAACCUCAAACAGAAAAUAAGGUUAAUGCUGUUAAUGGAGUCCUUCAAAAUAACCAAGAAGAAAAUGAUUCAAAAGAAAAAUCACAAGAAAGGGAUUCAGCUGAAGUUAUAGAAAAUUCUGAGAAAGAACAAGAAGCUCCUAGUGACAACGGUCAUUUGAAAGAAACUUCUUCAGAAAUUGAAGCAUCAGUAGAGAAAGAAAUAUCCCCUGUGAGACAAACUUCUACUGAAAAAGAUGAAGCACCAGCAAAUGAAAAUGAUAAACCUAUUGAGACUGAAAUUGAAUCCAAACAAAUCUCUGAAGAAAAUGAGUCUGCUCCAGAGGAAGCAAUUGAGAAUGGUUCUGUAAGCUCUCGUGAUCCAUCUGUGGAGAAAAAUCAAGUAAAUGAACAAAGUGUAGACAAGUUAUCUGAAGCACUCAUUGAAAGUGAAAAAUUGGCCUCUGAAGAA